GCUCGCUUACUCCUUUCAUUUCACUUUAUUUCGUUCGCAUGCACGCACGUUGGCCGCGGAGCAACAUCUCCAGCAAACAGAAACCGAAACUGAAACAAAAACAGCAACAGCAACAAAAAAUAAAACAUAAAACGUAAAAAAAAAAAAAAAAAAAAAAAAAACGAAGCUACAAAUACAAAUAACAAAAAACAAAUAACACGGCACGGCAGCAGCCGUCGCUCAGACGCGGAACUUGGCUCGAACUAUAGUUUAGUUUUUCAGUUUCAGUGGCCAGUGGCUAAAGUGCGGCGAUAUCGGGCGAAACGGUUAACGGUUGACGGUAGCCAGCGGUUCAGUACGCGCCAAAUCCUUUUUUUUCAAGUUUGUCAAUGUUUUCAAGUGGUAACGAAAGAUAAAGAAAAACACAUCAGUAUAUGUAAAGUAUAGGCAAGAAUCUGAAAGCCAAGAGUGGUAUGUGCCCCUAGUUUUGACCCAAGAGACCUACAAGUAAAGACCCCUGACAACCAGAACCACCCAGAACCAACCACCCACACACACACACGCAAACACAGGCACACACACACGCACACACACACAAACAGAAAAACACACAGUCUCAUUUCUCAGUCUCAAUCUCCAUCUCAAUCUUCAUCUCAAUCUCAGUCUCAGUUUCAAUCUCUGCUCCAAUCUCAGUCUCAAUCUCAAUCCCAAUCUCAGUCUCAUUUCGAGGAUCAAAAACGGAGCAGCAACAUCAAUCGAUUCAUUAUGUUUACAUAUUUUUUUCGAGUGCUUUAAGUUUUGGCAAUGGACGCAGACUGCUUCUACUUCUAAUCGAACCCAGUGACUACGCAACAUGCAACAUGCUGUAAAAGAAGAAGAAGAAGUUGACAAACAAAUGGUUAUUGUGAUCGCUAAGUGUCGUUUGAUAUGUGUUUAAAACUACUCGGUGAUUGCCAACGCCAACCAGCCAAAAUGGCCCAGCAUCGUUCGCUUGUCCGUCUCUACCUGCCCACCUAGAAGAAGAGCUGCCCGCCCAGAUGAAUGCCCAGCAGCCGCUGAUCCUGGAGCCUGGAUCCAAGGCCAGCAGUGUUGUUGCGGCAGCUGCCGAUCUAGAGGCAGCCACGGCCACGGCCUCGGCCACGGAGGCAACUGCAGCGGACAGCUAUGCCGCCGUGCAGCAGAAUGGCGGCCACGAGGAGCAGCGGGUCAAUGGCAACCACGGCUGUAGACGCGAGCAGCCGGAGGAUCGGCCCGACCAGCCGGAGCAGUUGGAUCACCAGCUGGAGGAGCCCAAGCCAGUCAACGACGUGGCCAACAAGCUGACCAUUAUCAAGACGCCGCUGAACAAGACGCUGCUGAAGAAGUGCAACAGCAACAGCAACGGCAGCCUGCAACUGCCACACGCCAACAAUGGCAGCACCAACAACACCAAUCUCCGCAACAACAGCAACAGCAGCAACAACAACAAUAGCAACAAUAACAACAUCGCGACCAGCAACGAUGUCUGCGAUUCCGGUUUGCAAAGCGGAAAUAGCAAUGAGCAAGAACCAUUUGGCAACAACGAUCGCCAUCACCACAUCUACCACCACCACCACCAUCACUACCAUCAUCACCAUGGCGGCGAUAAGAGCAAGGCGAGCGGCGACACUGCAUCCCCGUCCGACGCGGAUCACCCCAAGGACGAGCCCACAGCGCAGGAUAAUAGCGCUGGACAGGACAAUCAAGCAGGAGCAGCAGCAGGAGCGGCUGCAGGAGCUGCAGAGCCAGGAGGAGGAGCAACUGCAUCGGCAGCCACGUGCGGCCCCAGCAAGUGCAACAAGUGCAAUUCGCACAACAACAACAGCAACUGCAACAAUAACAAUAAUACCAUCAGCAACAACAACAACAAUAAUAAUAACACAAGCAGCAAUGCCAUUGCCAACAACAAUAACAACAACAACAAUAGCAGCAACAACAACAACAAUAAUAAUAAUAACCAUUACAACAAUUACAAUAACUAUUAUAAGAAAAAGUCUCGUAUGCCGCCCAUUUGCCGUUAGUAUUGCAUCCAUCUAUAUACUCUAUACACCCCGUAAAUCAUGCCUAAUCAUAAAUGCGUAAGACACCACCACCCACCACGCCCAGCCACCCCUGCCACCCCCUGGCUUAGCCCUACCCCCUACCCCUUCCCACACCCACACACACACAGAGACACGCAUUACUUACGCUCUCUAUCCCCUCUUACCAACCAAAAUU